AUGGAUUUGAGGGAGGAGUUUUAUGAUGCUGUGGAGGAGGUUUGCAAGAUUGAUUUCGCGGGGGGGAAGGGGGGGGUGGAUAUGGGGAGGUAUCUGGGGGGGUUGGUUGCUGGGUAUGAUUUGUCGGGGGAGUGGGGGUUGUUGGAGAGGGCGGGGGAGUUGGGGGGGUUGUUGAUGGAAAAGGGGAAGGGGCGAGAGGGAAUGAGGACGGGGGCUUGGUUGGAGUUUACACGGUUGGGACAGCUGAUCGGUGAUAAAAAGUAUUGUGAUACUGUGAGGGGGGAGGUGGAUGUUUUGGAGGAGGGUCAGGAGAGGACGAAGUUGAGGGGGUUGUGGCCUGUGAAAGGGGCUGAAGGUGAUGAGGUUUUUGGCCUGGGGAAAGGGGCGGAGGGCGUUUAUGGCAAUCUACUCAAGACGGCGGCUUUGCUCGGAAGGGGGAGAGAGGGGAGGUUGGAGAGGAUGUGGAAAGAAGCCAUGGGGGUGGCGGAGGAUUGGUUGCUCUUCCGGCCGAUGCUCGCGGAGGAGGAUAGGGAUGAGAUGGGGGAUAGGAGGGAUGUACUGUUGGUUGGUGAGGCGAGGAUGAACGGGGAUGAAGUAGAAACGGCGCCAAAGGUUCAGCAUUUGGGUUGCUAUGCGGGGGGGAUGUUUGGGCUGGGAGGGAAGCUGUUUGGGAACGAGGAAUAUGUCAAGAUUGGGGAGCAGCUCACCCGGGGUUGUGCGUGGGCUUACGGGGCGUUUCCCACGGGUUUGAUGCCAGAGGUGCUCGAGGCGGUUCCUUGCGAGGGCGACUGGAGGGACGGGCCGUGCAAGUUUGAUGAGGACAAGUGGCGGAAAGAGGGCAGCAGGAAGCUGAGGAAGCCGUUCAAGUCGGUGAAGGACCCAAAGUACCUACUCAGACCGGAGGCUAUCGAGAGCUUGUUCGUCAUGUUCAGAAUCACGGGAAACAAGGAGUACCAGGAGCUGGCAUGGGAGAUGUUUCAGAGCGUGGUCGGAGCUACCGAGACGGAGCUGGCGUUUUCUGCCAUCAGCGAUGUCACUGUUCAUGGCCUACUGAAGAAGCUGGAUUCGAUGGAGAGCUUCUGGCUAGCCGAAACACUCAAGUACUACUACCUCAUCUUCUCACCACCAGACCUCAUCAGCCUGGACGAAUGGGUCCUCAGCCCAGGAGCACAUCCCUUCCGCCGAGACAGCAGUGGGUUCAUCACCCGAGGCUUCGACGAACCCCCACGCCCAAAAAUGAAAAAGAAAAAGAAACCAGGAGUACCAUGA